GCAGGCCGCGCGGCGCCGCAGCUCCCAGCAGGCCGCGCGGCGCCGCAGCUCCCAGCAGGCCGCGCGGCGCGAACUCUGAGCGCGGGGAAUGCCGGGAUGGAGGCGGGAGGCUCGAGGCGGGAGACGGCAGCCUUUGUGCGGGAGAAAGUGCAGCGGAUUACUUCAUGGCUAAAGAAAACGUUUGAAAAUCAGCCGGUGCCAGAGUUCAAUGUGAACGCGCAGACCAUUAAUCUCUUGCAUAUGCUCGUGGAAUACAGUGAAGAAAGAGAGAGAGAUGUUUCGUUUCUGAUAGAAGACAUGAAGCAAAGGGCGGCAGAAUACGAUGCAGAAGCUGAAUAUUUGCAGAGCGUUCUCACAGAAAGCCUCGAUCUUUCACCAUCCAGUCUGUCCAAAGAAGGCACUGCCCACCUUAAAACUCUGGUAGACAGUGCAAUGAUACUUGAAGUGGAGGACCUUUCUCUUAUCAGCUUCUUCUGUGCCAUGAAUGAUAGGAGUUUGGAACUGCAUGCAGCAGAAUUAAAAAACAAAGAAAUGGAACAGGAAUUGCUCAACUCUAAGAAAAAACUGACUGCUACGCUGUUGCUGGAAGAGCAGUUAGAGAAGGAUCUUGAAAAAGUAAAGACACAUCUUGAGAUUGAAGAAGCCAAAUCUGAGAGCCGACUUCAAAACCUGCAGUUCCUGAAAGACAAAUCUGAGGAUUUAAGAAUUAGGAUUAAGAUUGCUGAGGAGAAGCUUACUACCAGUGGGUUAAACCAAUCAUUGAUGCAUGAAUCAUUAGUGAACCUGUCUGAGAAACUGGAUGGAAUGCAGAAAGAAAUGGUGCAUGUGAAGAGGAAACUUGACUGCUAUCUUGAUCUACCUCCUAAUCUUUCCCUUGCACGAGUGAAGGUUGAAGAAGCAAAACGAGAACUGAAUGCCUUGGAGGAAAAGUUCUCAAAGAAGAUUGAAAUGCUGACUCACGAUAUGCUGGAAACCAGAAGACUCUAGUUCACCUGAAGUGUCCUGAAUAGAAGAUUUCCUUCUUGUCUAUUUAUUGGCACUAAUUAAACAUUUUGGACUUAGUAUAUUCUGCAGCUUUCUGCCUUACUCUUAUCAUGGUUGGAUGGCAUGCUUGUGACCUUUCAGCAAGCAAGCUCUUCUCUUUAGUGGUUCAUGUAGCAGUGCAUUUGUAAAUGUCACCUAUUUUUCCAAUAAAAUUCUUUCUUUCCAAA